AUGCCUGCCAAUGCAACAAACUCCCGUCCUCGUCCGGACCACAGUACCCUCCAGCUUCCUUGCGGCCAUCCGAGUUGCCAGCGAUAUUUCAAGACUGCUGCUGGAAGGACGAAACAUAGGCUUUCAGCACAUCCAAUAAUCCCACAACCUGUCUUAGCUCCCUGUCCACCUUCUCCUGAACUCUUGGACCCAGGAAAUGACCAGCAGUGUGAAGAUGAUGUUCCUUUCAAUGCCAAUGAAGUCCCUAGGCCAUUGUCUCCACCUGCUGAUGUCAAUGCAGAAUUUUAUGGACCAAAAAAUCAGUUUUAUCGAAAUUAUCAUAAAGGUCUUGAUGGUCGACCUUGUGACGAAAAUGGCGUGUUUCUUUCUCUGGGCACUCUGCCACUUCCACUUGUUGAGCGUCCUGCUCGCCCAGUCACAGCGCCUGUUCCUAAGAAUAUGUUUACUGUUGAAGAAGUUCCUAUUAUUGCGUCUAUUGUAGAAUUACCAGAAUCACGUGAUCUAUCGGACAAUGCCGAAGAUGUUGAUGUCAUGCCUCGCGACACUCUUGGAAUGUUCCAGAGUCUUACUGCGGCUGCGGCACAUGUUAUGACAUCAUAG